AAACUUUUGGACAUGGUCGUCACUGAUGUGUAGAAGCGCAUACUACAACCACUCUUCUUCAAAUCCUUGCGCAUAGGUGUUGUUGUCUUUCUCUCAACGCCUCGCUUAGUCAUUACUCUGCCUGCUGCGUACAAUUCCUACCGCACUACACCAUCAGACAUACAGCAAUCGAACUCUGCACGACACGCGCAUACGAAACGACACACCCAAUCAUGGUCGCGCCUACAGUUACUCUCACGCAUCUGAACCGUGCUGACGGCUCUGCGACUUACACCCACAAUGGCUACUCGAUCAUUGGCGCCGUCAAUGGCCCAAUCGAAGUACAACGACGCGACGAACUGCCUGAGGAAGCUGCGAUCGAGGUCAAUGUCAGACCAGCUAUGGGUGUUGGAAGCCCAAGAGAAAGGCAUCUUGAAACCCUUGUUCACAACACACUGCGCAGCAUCAUCUUGACAAGGUCGAUACCACGGACGCUUGUACAAGUCACACUGCAAGUUAGAAGUUUACCGGAAGAGGAUAGCACAGCAGGUGUCAACACCUCGCUAACCCUCCUCCCACAUCUUCUACAUACCGCGCUUCUCGCCCUGCUUUCCGCGUCGAUACCCCUUCGCACAGUUCUCACUUCUGUCAUGAUUGCACAACCCGCCUCACCAUCUACAAACUCCUUCCCACCUCUCCUCUCGCCAACUGCCAACGAACUCUUACGCGCAAAGCCCAUACGAUCAGUCCACGUCUUCGCAUUCUCGGGCGACAGAAAGAUGUUGCUGGGGGAGAGCGAAGGAAAGUUUAGUUACGAAGAGUGGAACGAGGCAUGUCAAAUGGCCGAGGAUGCGUGCUGCGGAGAGGAAGACGAUGAAGAGGAGGGUGGCGUAAGGCUAGAAGCCGAGGGCGAGGCCAUGGACGUCGAUGGACAGGUUGAAGGAGAGAAUCUGGAGAAGUGGUUGAGGAGCGUUGUGAGGAGGAAGGUCGAUUACGAACAGCGGUGGAAGAGCGCUACCUGAACAUAGCGGGAGAGAUGCAGAGACAAAGAGUGUGCGAGAUACCAAGCAGAUGACUCUUACGUUAGUUAACGCAUCGUAGAGUGCAAGAUGCUAGCUACGGCAUAUCCUGGAGCCUUGACGGUUCAGUCCUUAGCAUGCCGUUAGGUAUCGAUCAGUCAGGGUCCUCAUCGGCGCUGAACUAAACUGUCGAGUUGCCUCGAGAAAGGGUGGCUCAGACAUGUAAAACCAUGAAUAUUCAGCAUUUUAACGCGGAGAUGACUCGACAAUAGAUGACGGCUCAAUAGCCAAGACCAAUCAAAGGUUAACAUGCACUACCUUGGUGAGUGUACAUCACUUUCUGUUCAUGCGUCUGACUAGAGGGUAUAAUCUUGGUUUGGUGAAGUGCAUUGGUGACAUGUAGUGACUAAUAC